AUGAGCUGAUGUGUGUGAGAGCAGAUGAUGGAAGGCAGUGUGGAGCAGACUGACUCAGGUGGACUCCAUGUCCAGUCCCAUCUCGGACACUUCUCUCUCUGUCGGAACAACAGCAAACUGGAGACGUUUCUGAAGAGACACUCUCACCGGGACGUGCACGAGCGGAUUCACUACUACGAGUCGUGUGUCGUGGUUUCUGAGGAACUCGACAAGGUGUUUCUGCACGUGCUGCUCACCGACGACUCGAUUUACCUGAGCGAGUAUCAGCCUCGGACCCUCAGCAGGGCUCUGCACUUCAGCCUCAUUCUGUACAUCCAGCUGCUCAGUGCAAAUACAACUCCACUCAUCUCACACUCAGGAAUAAAGAUACUCACCUCUACUGUCUCCUGGUUAUUCACUGUGGACUGGUUUUGUAGUUAUGAUGAAGCUUUAAUUAGCUUUACAAAAUACAAGGUCGCUCUCUUGUAGUGUAGAGAUUAAUAAAUAUGGGAGCUAAGGAGCAUUAUUAUGGUACACUAAUGCUAUAGAUGAGUACAAUUUUAAUUGGUUAAUUUAUUAGCAGUAAUCAAACAA